AUGAUUAUAAAUAUCUUAAAUAUAGAUAUAGAAAGUCUUAAUCAUCAUCAAUAUGCUUCAUUUGAGAAUUGCGUUUAUUACUUCCUCGCAAAUCGCGCUCAGCAACAGGUUACCUCGUCAGGACUUCAUUUUGGCACUGCCUCUUUACAACCUAUUGCCUCCAUGCCACCAAACUAUAGUCAGAAUGAAUUUCUUCGCAGCCUUGACAUUGUUGGUUAUCUAGAGUUGAGAUGGAGAGAUGAACGCCUUGUUUGGGACCAGUCUCAAUUUAAAGUUCCACAAAUCCGUAUAGGAUCUGCGAGUCAUAUUUGGGUGCCUUAUUUAACAGGACAGGGUUACGAAACAGCUUUACACAAUGAUAAUGAGCAAAUGGAAGUUCGUAAGAUAGAAGUUAAAAAUACUGGAAAUGUUUCAGCAAUAAUGGGCUUCAAGUUUUCAACAUUCUGCGACGAUACUGACUUUAAACAUUUUCCGAAUGAUAUUUAUAAGUGUUGUUUCUAUUUGGAGCCACUUAUUAGCAGACCGUUGAUAAAGCUUAUUACUGAUGGCCAGCCAGUUUUUACCGAUCCAAAAUACUUUCGUGACUAUGGCUGGUCGUUAACAGGAACAAUUCCCUCAGUAUAUCAAGAUCCUGCAAACAUAACUCAAGUUUUACUUUAAUAAAUACUGUUAUUGAAAAUUGUCUUUAGAUGGGAUUUUGUUUGAAUUUGCAACGAUCUUCCUCUACGUUGAAAAUUGAGCUUGAAAUUCCAGUAAAUAAUUUAAAUUUAAAAAAUUAUUUAAUUAUGUUGAUUUUGAAUUAUCUAAUUUAGACUUUGGCAUGUGGAUUUUUGCUUUUUUCUGCGCCUGUUUUUGGUUUAAUUACGAGUAUAAAGUCCCAAAUUUAUGCUAAAUUAUUCUUACUUCUACUUCAAUUCAUCAACCUUUUACUCUUCAGCCAAAGGAUUGCUCCACAAAUGGGUAUGCUAAAAUCAAAUUUUUUGUU